CUCGCGGUCGCCCGUGCCCCGCCGCGCUGCGCGUGCGCGUAGGCGCCGUUGAGCCCUGACGGUGUGAGCCUGGAAGCUGCUAACCCAACCCGGAUUGGCGCUGAGGUGGCCCGCGGGGCAGGACAGAUGAUUCUGGACCAGAUGAAGCCUGAGGAGCCUUCCAACUCUAAGAUAGCAGGAUAGGAGACUUCAAAGACUGGAGCUGCAGAAGAGUUGCUAGCCCUCAGCACAAUGUCAGGAAGCCAUACACCUUCUGCCUGUGGCCCUUUCUCAGCCCUGACUCCGAGCAUAUGGCCCCAGGAGAUCUUGGCCAAGUACAUGCAGAAGGAAGAGUCAGCAGAGCAACCAGAGUUCUACUAUGAUGAGUUUGGUUUCCGGGUGGACAAGGAAGAAGGUGGUGAGCCUGGCUCCAGUCUGCUGGCGAGCUCCCCUCUGAUGGAAGAUGCUCCGCAGAGGCUGCGGUGGCAGGCUCACCUGGAGUUUACCCAUAACCACGAUGUGGGGGAUCUCACCUGGGACAAGAUUGCAGUCUCCCUACCCCGCUCUGAGAAGCUCCGCUCCCUGGUGCUGGCUGGCAUCCCACAUGGCAUGAGGCCACAGCUAUGGAUGCGGCUCUCUGGAGCCCUGCAGAAGAAGAAGAACUCUGAGCUGUCCUAUCGAGAGAUUGUGAAGAACAGCUCCAAUGAUGAGACCAUUGCUGCCAAGCAGAUCGAGAAGGACCUGCUCCGCACCAUGCCUAGCAACGCCUGCUUCGCCAGCAUGGGCAGCAUCGGGGUGCCCCGUCUGCGCAGGGUGCUCCGGGCCCUAGCCUGGCUCUACCCAGAGAUUGGCUACUGCCAGGGCACGGGCAUGGUAGCCGCCUGCCUCCUGCUGUUCCUGGAGGAGGAGGAUGCCUUCUGGAUGAUGUGCGCCAUCGUUGAGGACCUGCUCCCUGCCUCCUACUUCAGCACGACCCUGCUAGGUGUCCAGACUGACCAGCGGGUCCUGCGCCACCUCAUCGUCCAGUACCUGCCUCGUCUGGAUAAGCUGCUCCAAGAGCAUGACAUCGAGCUGUCCCUGAUCACGCUGCACUGGUUCCUCACGGCCUUCGCCAGUGUGGUGGAUAUCAAGCUGCUACUGCGAAUCUGGGACCUGUUUUUCUACGAGGGCUCCCGGGUGCUGUUCCAGCUCACGCUGGGCAUGCUGCACCUCAAGGAGGAAGAGCUGAUACAGUCAGAGAACUCGGCUUCCAUCUUCAACACACUCUCGGAUAUCCCGUCGCAGAUGGAGGAUGUGGAGCUGCUUCUGGGGGUGGCCAUGCGGCUGGCUGGCUCCCUCACUGAUGUGGCCGUGGAGACUCAGCGCCGCAAGCACCUGGCCUAUCUCAUUGCAGACCAGGGCCAGCUGCUGGGGGCUGGUGCCCUCACCAACCUCUCUCAGGUUGUUCGCCGCAGGACCCAGCGGAGAAAGUCCACCAUCACUGCCCUGCUCUUCGGGGAGGAUGACCUGGAGGCGCUCAAGGCCAAGAACAUCAAGCAGACGGAACUGGUGGCCGAUCUCCGGGAAGCCAUCCUGCGUGUGGCCCAUCACUUCCAGUGCACAGACCCCAAAAAUUGCAACGUGGAGCUGACCCCAGACUACAGCAUGGAGAGCCACCAGCGGGACCAUGAGAACUACGUGGCGUGUUCACGCAGCCACCGGCGCCGAGCGAAGGCCCUGCUGGACUUUGAGCGGCAUGAUGAUGAUGAGCUGGGCUUCCGAAAGAAUGACAUCAUCACAAUCGUGUCUCAGAAGGACGAGCACUGCUGGGUAGGGGAGCUGAAUGGCCUGCGAGGCUGGUUUCCAGCCAAGUUUGUGGAAGUCCUGGAUGAGCGCAGCAAAGAGUACUCCAUCGCGGGGGACGACUCAGUGACUGAGGGAGUCACAGACCUCGUGCGAGGGACCCUUUGCCCGGCCCUUAAGGCCCUGUUUGAACAUGGAUUGAAGAAGCCAUCUCUGCUUGGGGGUGCCUGCCACCCCUGGCUGUUUAUCGAGGAGGCUGCAGGCCGGGAGGUGGAGAGAGACUUCGCCUCUGUAUAUUCCCGCCUGGUUCUCUGUAAGACCUUCAGGUUGGAUGAAGAUGGCAAGGUCCUGACCCCGGAGGAGCUGCUCUACCGGGCUGUGCAGUCUGUGAAUGUGACCCACGAUGCAGUGCAUGCACAAAUGGACGUGAAGCUCCGCUCACUGAUCUGUGUGGGGCUCAAUGAGCAGGUGCUGCACCUGUGGCUGGAGGUGCUUUGCUCCAGCCUGCCCACCGUGGAGAAGUGGUACCAGCCCUGGUCCUUCCUGCGUAGCCCGGGCUGGGUCCAGAUCAAGUGUGAGCUCCGAGUCCUCUGCUGCUUUGCCUUCAGCCUCUCCCAGGACUGGGAGCUCCCUGCGAAGAGAGAGGCACAGCAGCCCCUGAAGGAGGGCGUCCGGGACAUGCUGGUGAAGCACCACCUCUUCAGCUGGGAUGUGGAUGGGUGACCCCUUCCUCCCACCCUGGCCAGCCUCGGGCCUGCUCCAGGACUGGGUUUGAGGUGGCCCAGGCCCCCCAGGCUGCAGGGUCUGGGGAAGAGCUGCUCCAGAGCCCUGCCUAGGACCCCGGGAUUUCAGGCUGCCCCACUCCAGUUUUCCCAGCACAUCCCAGGUGGUGGGAGCAGAGGGUGCUCUGCCCCACCAGGGUCCUUAGGGAUGCUCUGGGCCCAAACCACAGUUUGUACCAAAAACCUUUGAGGAGGUGGGGAGCCACAUCUUUGCUCAGGAAGAGGGAAGGGGGUGGGGGUGGCUAAUAGGCUCCUGGACUCCUUGGUUUACAAAUAAACUGUCUUUGAGAAAGUA